AUGCUCGAAAAUGGAUUCUCCCACGACGAACCAGACCGUAUACCGAAAAAUAUUACUAUCAGCAAUUUGGAUAUAAUUAUGUAUGUGGUCGCGAUCGUCGGACACCUUGUGGAUUUAGGGCUCGAUAUAAAUGUGGCGGUAAGGUAUUCUCUGUCCCAAAAGAUGAUGGAGUUUGGCUGGACGCUCACCUUCAUUCUGUUACCUGCAUUUGUCAAUACUGCAGUUUCUAUACGAAUGUACGCUCAAGAUAAGCAGCAAGAUUCCGUGACAAAUGAGUUCACCAAAAGACAUUGGCUAAGAAUUUUUAUCUUAGUAUUGCAGCUUGCACCCAUAUUGCGCUUCACAGAUGCUCUCAUCUACGCUAUCAAGUCUCGUAGGGCAGAACGUAAACAGGACCCAUCAUCCCAGAGGAUGUACUAUGGUUUAAUGCUGAAGGAAGACUCGGAUGCUGCUCUGCUCAGGAUCUUUGAGUGUUUCCUUGAAGCUGCCCCUCAGCAAGUUCUGCAAACUAGUCUGCUUUUUCGGGCAUAUGAUGAUUUUGCCGUGCAUCAAAUCCUUUCAAUAUGCUCAUCAGUGGUGGGUAUGGGAUGGUGUCUCGCCGCUUAUCAGCGGGCUGUGCGUUUUGCUCAGCAAGACAAGUCCAACAUGAACUGGUACGGUACCAUUUUGCAGACCCUGUGGCAUUUUUUUGUAUCAUUGAGCCGAGUGAUAUCUCUGUCAACUAUUGCCUACCUCUACCCUCACUGGACAGUGCUGGCUUGCGCGAUCCACAUUCUAGUGAUGUCCACAUGGCUCCUUAUGGUGGACAGAUCUCCGUUUUGCGCUCACAAUAAAAUAGCUGAGAUCGCUUUCUCCUUUGCACUCGGAGGGGUCUACCUGUUCACUUACAUCCUACCAAUCGAAGUUUGUAAUAAGGGUGAGGAGAUUGCAGUUUCUUUUAAGAAGAACGAGGAGAUGACAGAGUUUGAUUCA